AUGGCUUAUACUCAUAUCGUAUCAUUCAAAUUCAAGGAUGGUGUUACGGCUGACUCAGUCAAGGAACUUGUUGAUAAGAUGCUUAUCUUGAAGGAAACAUGCGUCCAUCCAAAAACAGGAAAACUAUAUAUCCAAUCCUGCACUGGAGGGCGCGACAGUUCUGCGCAGGGACUUCAGACAGGGUUUACACAUGUUGUCAUGGUCGGAUUUGACACUAAAGAGGAGCGUGAUUACUAUGCGUUGGAGGACCUCGAGUUUGUAAAUUGGAGUGACUCGGUUGCUGCAGAUGUCUAUGCUAUUGAUUUUGUGGGCGGCGUAUUUUUCCACAGAUAUGAAUAA